AUGGAGCUGCGCAAGAAGGCGUGUGGGGCCUGUCGAGCUCGAAAGAUUCGAUGCAGUCGCCAGAUUCCACGAUGCGCUGCUUGUCGGCGCUCCAACUUGGACUGCAAGGCGCAGGAGACGUCCAAUGACUUGAUAUGGCUGUCUCGCCAGGAUAAUGGUGACCGACAAGAUGCUCAUUCAACGGGAAAUGUGCUUCGACGGCAUUGUAUUUUUAGUGAUGAACAGCGUGUCCACGAGUGUGGCAUUUUGCUAAACCAAGUAGCGGAGCAAAACAUAGAUAGUAUCCUCAGCCAAGUCGAUGAAGCGUCUCAGGGUCUUAGAGGUCGGAGUGCUUCUGUCAAAGUUGGACCAUUUGGUGCAUUUCAUGCCCCAGCGUCAUACUCGCUGCCGGAGUCACCAUCAACGCCAGCUGCGUCAAGAAGUGACACAAACGCGACGCUUCAACCCUCGGAUUUGGGGUCCAUUCUUUCUUCCACGUUAUACCCAAAUGGAGAAGACCUCCUCAGUUCGUCUAAUUCGGCUCCGGACAACUGGGGAGACUUGGGGGAUUUAUUUGAACCGCUGUCUCCGCAAUGGCCGACGUACCCCUUCUUUGAGGACUUGGUUGGGCUUCCAGGUGCAACUCUGUCAGACAUCAAUCAAAAUGAGAUUGAAGGAGAAUCAGAGGAAGCUGUCCAGCACCCAGACGACUCAAAACCCGAGGGAGAAUCGUCCCAUGCAGCGGGGCUUGUCAACGCAACAUUUCUGAAAGAGCCAUCACAGCUAGAAAUCGUCCUAGACGGCACAAUGUCGCUUUCGAUAAACCAAGUUCAGCUUCUGUUGAGAAAUUAUGAAAUGGACCUUGUCAACAGUCUCACACCUCUGAAGCACGACAAACCACCGUGGGUAUUGCUGCAUCUAAAAUGCGCCCUGGCAGCUUUCAGCGAUCUGUACAUGAUGGGACGAUCAAAUGAUGCGAGAGUCUCUGUCCUUUUGUCUGUCCUGUCAACAAGCGCCUACCACCUACACCACAAACUGGCUGCGAUUCCUGGAGCUGGUGAAGAUUUGGCAGUGCUUGGAAGCCAAUGCUUCCGACUUGCAAAGAAGCGGCUCCAAGCAUGUCUUCAAAAGAGGUCUGGGACCACUAAAGUGGCCAAGUACAAGGAAAUGCUCAUGGCUUUUCUCAACCUAGUGACGGCUUGCGUUUUCGCAGGAGAGAUGCAAGAAGCAAGAUAUUUUCUUCUUGAUGCCGGCCGCUUGAUAAAUGCAUAUGGCAUUCAGAAGGCGCAAAAGUCCAAGAAGGUCAUCAUCCUGCAUGCCAUGUACGUCUAUAUGAGAGUAUUUGAAGAAUGCGCACAUCCCAGCUCGAACAUCAGAAAUCCAUGCAAUCCGAUGGAUGCUGGGUCGGGGAAUGAAGCCGGUCGUUAUUCCUCAAUGUGGAAACACGAUCCCAGAAAAGACCUACCAUUUCCACAAGGAGACAAACCAGCGCCCGAGACGAGUACAUCAAUCUUGCCACAUGACAUCGAGGUCGCCAGUAUGCUGGAAAAGAUCUACGGUAUCCCGCAAAAUCUCUUUCAUCUGGUCUGGCAGACUACAGCUCUCGGAAAUGAAGUGGCUGAGCUCAGAUAUACUUCUGGCUUGACUCCUCAGAUGUCAUUGAGGAUUAAAGAGCUAGAUGACACAAUCAUGUCUUUCGAAAAUCCGCAUCUUCUCAAAGGACAAGGCCAAGGUCAAGACGCCCCAAGCUCAACAUCCAGCAGGCAAGGCGGAGAAGAAGAGGUCGAACGCCGGACAGCGCUGCUAUUUGACUUGACUGAAGCACUUCACUCUGCACUCAUCAUCUAUUUCUAUCGCCAUGUGUGCGACAUGGGCUUGCUGGUGCUUCAACACUACGUUGAAAAGACAGCGAAAUCGUUGUUUCGUUACGAAUCGCAGAAGCAAGAGUACGGCGAUACGUCACCCGGGAUAUGCUGGCCUGCUUUCAUUGCGGGUUGCGAGACGAACAGUGUCGAACUCAGGGAGGAAUUAUCAAUAUGGCUGCUCAACAAUGCGCAGAGUAGUGGUAUUGGAAUGUUCUCUACCGCACAUGACCUUGUUGUGGAGGUGUGGCGUGCGAGGGAAGUGCCCGGUUGUGAGAAUUUGCAUUGGAAAUCUGUCGUAGCAAACCAUGAUACUCGAUUAGUCCUUACCUAA